AUGUCUCGCACGGAAUCUGGAAGUUUUAAGCCUGUCGAGGAAGCUCAAAGACAGGAUCUCCCAGGCUUGGAGAAGGACAUGAAGCCAACCAGUGAAGCAACCGCUCUAGAGGGAAAACAUGAACAUCAAGAAUAUCUAGCAGCCGGAAAACUCAAAGGCAACAAAGCCCUCAUCACCGGCGGAGACUCCGGCAUCGGCCGCUCCAUUGCAGUCCUCUUCGCCCGCGAAGGCUCAGACAUAACAAUCGUCUACCUCCCCUCCGAAGAACCCGACGCCCAAGAAACCAAAAAAAUGGUCGAAAACGAAGGCAAGCAAUGCCUCCUCAUCCCAGGAAACCUCAUGGACAACGAAACCUGCCGCAAAGCCGUCGAGCAGCACAUGCAAAAGUUUGGUGCGCUGCACGUCCUCGUCAACAACGCCUCGAAGCAGGUCAUGUGUGAGGAUAUCAGCGAGAUUGAUCUUGACGUGGUGGAGAGCACGUUUAGGAGCAAUAUCCUGCAGAUGUUUGCUGUGACAAAGUAUGCUGUGCCGCAUAUGGAGAAGGGUGGCUCCAUCAUUAAUACAACUUCGACUGUUGCAUUCAGAGGCACAGCUGCAAUGGUAGACUAUGCAUCUACAAAAGGCGCCAUCACUUCGUUUACAAAGUCGCUGGCAAAACAGCUCAUGCCCAAGGGCAUCCGAGUCAAUGCCGUAGCUCCUGGCCCUGUUCACACACCUCUUCAGCCUGCCUCACGUCCUGCGGAACAGAUGGAGGGAUUCGGGAAGAAAUCUGGGAUUGGAAGGCCUGGCCAGCCGAGCGAGAUUGCUCCCAGCUUCAUAUUUCUCGCGUCCAAGGAUGCCGAGUUGUAUUACGGGCAGAUUCUACACGCAUAUCCUCUCGGUGAUUAA